UAGGUGAACUGAACCAACAAUUAAUACAAAGAGUCAGUUUAGUACAAAAAUCUAAUAAUUUUGUUAUAAACUAUUGCAAAACAUCGCAAUUUUAUAAGUAUGAGUGGCAUUGAAUCAUAUUCAACUAUUUCAGUUUUUGUUAUAAUUUCUGCUUUUAUUUUUUUGACUUUUCCAGUCAAUUCUCAGAACGGCGAUGAAGGGAAUCAAGGUCAAGGACAAGAUCGAGGUCAAUCUGAGCCCGAAGACACUACUGACUUCGAGGAUGACCUUGAAGAGGACGUCGAAGCGGAUGAUGACAAUACUAGGGGACGAAUUGACCCCGAUGAGCUCUCUGUUGCAGAUGAUCUGUUGUGGUGGUGUGACUUCGACACUCAGUGUGUGGCCAAAUCAGUGCAGUUCGGGAGAGACAGACUGCACUGUUGUGACAAUGACUGCAAACAUGACGAGUGUACAUCGCUAGUGGCGUUCCUAUUUCUUUCGAUCACUAUUGUGGCUUUAUGUGGAGGGUGUACAGUGCUGGGUUAUGUGGGGGCCACCAGAUGCAGAACCAACAGAGACUACUACCCAAUGUAGAACGAACAAACAUAACCAACAACUAACCAGAAUUAUUACAAAAUUGACCAAAAGCAUCAAACGGAAGAGUCAACGCAAACCACGAAACUAUUCAGCGUGAUAGAAAAUUCCUCAUGUCAGAAACAAGUUUUGAGCGAUAGUUUAUUAUCCCGAAAAAUUUUCAAUCUAUGAGACGAAUGUGAUAAUUUAGUCAGUUAAGAUAAUUUUGCUUAAAUUAUGGGUCAAAGUUCGAUUUUUCUUCCGUGAUAAUAAGUAGUCCCGAAUAUAACUGAUUAUACCUUUUUUUCGGAGGCAACCACUUCGCCUAAAUUCUGCCAGACAAAUCUUUUGGCCUUUUGGCAUUUUUCGCUGAUCAACCCAAAAAUUUUGUAAAGCGGCUUCUAGAUACACUAUUUUGAGCAAGGAGAGCGCUGUAAAACGCAAUUUUUUGGUAAAAAUUUUCUAGAAAAGUCUUAAAAUUAUGACUUUCUUUCAAACAAU